AUGUCGAUGGUUGCGUAUUCGGAUUACUUAGCCGCCGAAUGUCUGAUGUCGAUCUCUAGCGGUCCCGUCCUACACCGACCCACCACGGUUGUCCCCGCCGCACAGCCCCCUCCCCAGGCCCUUCAUCCUGGGGAGCCAGAAGUGUCGAACGAGGACAGGGAGGUGCUCGAGACGCUGAGACUCGAAGGGGCCAACAUGAUCACGGUGGCCGGGAUCCUCACGGACCUCCACGGCAAGUUCCGGUCCAUGUCGGCCUACUCGGAGAGCAGCAACUCCUCAUGUGGGGAGAGCGGCUACACCACGUUGUCUGACUCAACUACCCCAACCAUGACCCCCUCUGCUACUCCAAUUCCUGGACAGUUCAAUGCCACUCAACAGCAGUGGGGAGGAGGGGCGCCUCGGUCCCCAGUAAAGCGACAUCAGUGCAUUUACGACGGCUGUGACAGAGUUUAUGGAAAAUCGUCUCAUCUGAAAGCCCAUAUCAGAACCCAUACAGGUACAAUUAUAUAGCUGGCUGUUAUACUGCUUUAACUUUAUAAAUUGUUUGGGAAUUAGCUAUAGUAUCAACAAAUGUCAUUUUAUUAAGCAAGUUGUUCCAGAACUUCAAGUUUGUCCAUACUAACUAAGCACUCCCCCCUUUGUGAGUCACUCCUAGCUACAAUUAUCAUAUUUUUGCCUGAAGAAAUGUGUUUUUCUUCACAGGGAUACACUGUCGAUUGGGUGGGCGAGACAAGUCGUUUACCCGCGCGUUAGUAACGUUACAAUACUCCCCGAACAAAAGGGGGAAAAACUCAGGGCUCAUAACAAAGAAGUAAACGAACAAAAGAAUGGGGCUGGACGAAAAAGCCUAGUGACGAACAUGCUACAUCUAGGUUGGAUUUGCAUACGAAGUAAGUUCGAGAUUAAAUGUAACGUUCGGGGCGUUUGCGCAGAUUCGGUAGUUCGUUUAGCUCAAACUGCCAAAUCUUUUAAUCCCAGCUCGCAUAAAUGUGGCCAUCAUGUAACAGUCACGUCUUUCUCGAAAAACUCAAUUUUCUUGAAAUCAGCCAUAGCUGUCAUAGUUUUCCCAGUCAAAAUGGUAUGUUUAGCGCUGCUACUUUGUAUACAUGCAUCAGGUGUCCAUUGCCCAGGUGUCCGCAGAGUCGGGGGGGGGGUGUUCAGGGUCAGUGAACAACAGGCGCGGUUGGGUUAGAACAGGAAAGCGUGCUGAAUAGAACAAAUCGUUAGGGAACGCCCACAAAACGCGAGUGAGUGGGUCAUUGCUAGAAGGCAUACCGGUUUUGUAAAAGUUACGUCAUAGUCACGUUCACUACAACGAGAGUUUGCGUCUUAACAGCGUCGAGUUCUACAGCAGACUGGACUUGAUUUGCUUUCCACAGAAUCACUUACUAGCUAAAGUCGGUAUCCCUUCUAGACAUGACCAGUGAGUGGGAGUGUGGCGUGUUGCAAAACGCAGAUCCGCUUUGCGGUCUUGAAUAUAGCUCCUGGCACCCUCUCGCCUGUACUGGGUUGACUCCUAUUAGCUAUGUUACUGUAUUGUACUAGGGCCACAAAAUAGGCGUAGGAGGCUGCACAUUGUGGAUACCCUCAUGAAUAAAAGUCGAGUCAACAUAAAGGUUGUCCUCAACGGUGGAAAAUCCUUUAUGCGCAAAAAUGUAUAUAAUAACAUCACAUCGAUGUGAGCUUGUAGUCCCACUACGACUCGGGAAAGCAUGCAGUUUAUUUGUCUACAUAUUAAAUAAAUUAUGAUUAACUUCACAGGGUGGUGAAAGUGCCAGGUGUUGAGCUUGAUGUUCCGUCCCAAUAAAUAACGAGGGUCUUAUUCUGUUAACAUGAUGAUCGAUGCUUGGCUAUUGCUCUUAUCCAUAUCAUCAUCUAGGUAGCGUAUCUGCGAGGUGUUGGCUAGAGCGCAUGUGCCAAGACCAGAGUGGGCACAUUUGCUAUAUAAAGCAACAGUUUUUGUGACAAAACCAUAAGUAGAACUGAAAAUGCGAUGGAAACCCAUUGACCUUGUAUUUUUUAUUUGGUGCACCACAAGUUAUUUUUAUGUGCACUACCUCAUCACGCACAGACUUUUAUCCGUAAUAAAUCAGUUUGUUGGAAACAUCUCUGGUGAGAAAAUGUUUUAUGCCGAUUUUAGAAUAUUCACAUGAAAACCGGUAAUUGGAUGGAAACCUAGCUUGGGAGCUCCAUUUAUCCUUUGUAGCUCAAUAGUGUAUGGUGCUUGUAAAGCCAGGGUAGUGGGUUCGAUUCCUGGGACCACCCAUAAGUAAAAUGUAUGCACGCAUGACUUUGGAUAAAAGUGUCUGCUUUAUUGAGGCCAUCUCCAUUUUGAAGUAGUCAAUUUUCUUCUUCUACCACUUCUGAGUUGGCAAACAAACUCAAAGGGUGCACACUGCCACCUGGAGUGUGUUGUUUGACCAGGUGUAAAGCCAAGGUUGGCGAUUUACUGCCACCUACAGUUAUGGAAUGUUUCCUCACAAGUAUAAUUCAUAGGCUGAUCUCUCCUGGUGACCUGGAUGGAAUUAUGUGAUUCUUCCUUGACCCAUAGGAAGUCCUACCCAGUUGACUACUUGUACCCCCCCUCAAUGACUCGGUACCAGUACCCCCUGUAUAUAGCCUCGUUAUUUUAUUGUGUAACUUAUUGUACAGAAAUACAAUUUUAUUUGAUACUUCAAAAUGGUGAAAGUCCUCAAUGGCGCUGCCCAUGCUAAAAUAGGCUUUUGGGCACUAGAGUCCUCUAUCUAUCUCUAUGCGAUGUGUUGAGGGCGCCUCUCUAAGAUGGCCUUAUUCUGCCCUACGAGUGUCAAUAUCUAUUGCCGUCUACGUUUUGCAUUCACUUUUCAAAAUGUCUCUCUUCAAUACCCAUAUGAACCAUGACCGGAGUAUAAUUUUCUUUUUAACAUAGGUUGUUUUUGGUGCAUUAAAUAGAGCAGAGGAGUGGAUGAACUUUUUGAGUUAUAAAAAAAAUGGCUGCUGAUAAUAUUAUACACUUUCUACUAACUUGAUGGGUAUACAGGGGUCUGCCAAGAAUCUAGCUUACUACCGAUGUCUGUAUAUCUUUUACAGGGGUCUGCCAAGAAUCUAGCUUACUACCGAUGUCUGUAUAUCUUUUACAGGGGUCUGCCAAGAAUCUAGCUUACUACCGAUGUCUGUAUAUCUUUUACAGGGGUCUGCCAAGAAUCUAGCUUACUACCGAUGUCUGUAUAUCUUUUACAGGGGUCUGCCAAGAAUCUAGCUUACUACCGAUGUCUAUAUAUAUGGUGUUAGUGACUGGAACGAGCAGGGCGAUACUUGCCAGUCUGACAUUUGUGCCAUACUCAGUAUGUUCAGUUGAAUGUCUCUCUUUCUGUCUCCCUUCAUCAGGUGAACGACCCUUUCCCUGUACCUGGCCCGACUGCCAGAAGAAAUUUGCCCGUUCGGACGAACUGGCUCGCCACACGCGCACCCACACUGGCGAGAAGCGCUUCCUGUGCCCGCUGUGCGACAAGCGCUUCAUGCGCAGCGACCACCUGAUCAAGCACGCCCGCCGCCACCCUGACUUCCAGCCGUCCAUGUUGGGCCGCAAGGCCUCGUCCCCAGGGGGACAGGGGGCGUUCAGCCCCACCAUGGGCCAGUAG